UCACCACCUGGUUGUGGCCAAGAUUAAACUGAAGCUGAAGAAACACUGGAAAACUGGGGAAACAGUAUCACAAAGGUUCAACACAACCUUCCUUCGGGAUAAUAACAAACUCAACGAAUUCAAUAUAGCUCUCAACAACAGGUUGCAAGCCUUACAAGAUCUACUGAAAGAAGGAGAAACCACUAUGGAGGACAACUGGAAAGGGAUCCAAGAAGUACUAACUUCAACGUUUCAGGAGGUUCUGGACCUCAAGAAGCAUCAUAAGGAAUAGAUCUCUGCCGAAACCGUGAGCAAGAAUCAAGAAAGAACAAGAAAACAGCAAUUAACAACAGCCGAACAUGAGCAGAGAAAUUCUAGACACGAGCUGAAUACAUUGAGGCAAAUAAGCAAAUGCAGAAGAGCAUUAGAGCCGACAAGCGGAAAUACGUGAAAGAGUGGGAAAAGCUGCAAGAGAAGGAAAUAUGAGAUAGCUAUAUGACAACGAAGAAACUAGCAGGGAAAUAUAGUAAACAAGAGAGACCAGUGAAGGACAAAGAAGGCAAGACAAUCACUGAGAUUCAAAAGCAAAGAAAAAGAUGGGUAGAAUGCUUCAAAGAACUGUUGAAUAGACCAGCUUCAUUGAAUCCACUGGACAUCGAAACAGCACACAUAAACCUUCCUAUAGAUGUCACUCCACCAACGAUCGAAGAAACCGGGAUGUCCACCAGACAAAUCAAGAGCGGGAAAGCAGCAGUACCUGACAAUAUACCAGCUAAAGCACCGAAGUCAGACAUUGCAGUAACUGAAAACAUGCUUUACCCUCUAUUCAAGAAGAUUUGGAAGGAAGAAGAUGUGCAGAUGGACUGGAAAGAAGGACGCCAAAUAAAGGAGAUCUGAGCAAAUGCAAGAACUGCAGAGGCAUCACACUACUGUCAGUACCAGGCCAAGUGUAGGAAGCAAUUUCCUACAGGUGUAACUCUAAGCUAUUCUCUAGACUGUCGAGCA